AUCAUUAACUAUUCUUGAUUAAAAUUUGAAACAUUGUUUACAAUUUAUUAAUCAAACUUGAACCAUUUUCCAUUCAAUUUUGUUUGUUAAUCAAUUUGUUGAAAACCAAGCGCUCAAUUUGCAACAGUUUCAAAGCAAAGCAACCAAAGCAGUUGAACCAAAAACAAUGGCUACUUCAACUACAACAGCAACCCCAAAUCAAACCAAUUCAACAGUUAAUCAAUCUAAUACAACAACCAACAAUAACAGCAAUGUAAGCAAACAAUCACGCAACUUUAUGAGCCAAUUUCGUGACAAUAAAACGAAAGAGUUGAAAAAUUUGACCUCAGCUCAGUUUAUGGAAGUUUGGAGUCACUAUGAUCAUGAUGGAAAUGGUUUCAUUGAAGGCAAAGAAUUGGAUAAUUUUCUUCGUGAAUUUAUUUCAAGUGUCAAAGCAAUCGAUGCGCGUCCUGAGGCAGUCUCUGAUGCCAUGUUGGCUGAAAUUAAGGAAUGCUUUAUGGAAGCUUAUGAUGACAAUAAGGAUGGUAAAAUUGAUAUCAGAGAGUUGGCUCAAUUGUUACCUUUGGAAGAAUCAUUUUUGCUCUUAUUUCGUUUUGACAAUCCUCUUGAAUCAAGCGUCGACUUCAUGAAGAUUUGGAGUAAAUACGACAACGAUGGUAAUGGUUACAUUGAUUCAGAGGAACUCAAGGGAUUUUUGGGUGAUUUCCUGAAAGAAGCAAGAAAAGACAAUGUAACCGAGGAGAAGCUCAAUGAAUACACUGAGACUCUUUUGAACAUUUUUGACUCCAACAAGGAUGGUAAACUUCAACUCAGUGAAAUGGCUAAACUGUUACCUGUCAAGGAAAAUUUUUUGAGAAAAAGUUCAUUCAAAGGAGCAAAUUUGAGCAAACAAGACAUUGAAAGAGUCUUUGCUGUUUAUGACAAGGAUCACAAUGGAACCAUUGAAAAUGAAGAAUUGACUGGUUUCUUGAAAGAUUUGCUUGAAAUGGUUAAAAAGGAUUACGAUGCAACUGAUUUAUCAUCAUUCAAAGAGUCUAUCCUUUCAGCAUGUGAUUUGGACAAGGAUGGAAAGGUCAAUAAGAAGGAAUUGACAACCAUUUUGUUGGCUUUGGCCAAACACUCGGACGAACCUUGAGCCAGGAAAAUGAUGAACAAUUUGUUGAUUGAAAUACACACACACACAUAAACACUUAUAAUCGCAUAUAACAUGGACAACAAAUAUACACAAAAAUAUAUACUUAACCAUAUUUAAUCAUUUGUAUCAUCACCAUCAUCAUCCAACUUUGGAAUUUCGGAAAAUUCUGAAGACACAUUUAAGACAUUGUUAUCUCUCAUUAAUAGAUGCAAUUAACCAUUCAAUUAUAAUUACAACAGAUUGCCUUGACAAAUGAACAAAAUGAGGAUGACAAAUGAUGAAGGUGAAGAUGGGACUUGAAUGUUUCAAAAAUGAAUCGAGAUUCUUUCUCUCUCUCUCAUUCAUACGAUUCAAUGAUUCAACUCUUGAUUCUCAAAUUAAUUAACACGAAAAAAUAAAUUGUAAUUCAUGUUUGUUUUGUCAAGCUUGAUCAAAGUUAACCUUUUCAACAAAUGAAGAGCAACAAUUAGAAACUUGAUUAGUCUCAUUUUACCUGGCGAAACUCAUUAUUAGAUUAAUUAUUUUGUGUUUAUUUUUUGGGUUAAAGUUAAAUCUUCAUUUUCUGCUUGUUCAAUAUUUGUUCAACUUCAAUAAAUUAGACAAUUUUUUCAGUAGCUCAUUUUGCUCUCCAACUGAUUGAAAAUUGAAACUUGAUCUGAAUGACAAUUUUUAUGGUUUCCAUCCAAAAUUAACUAAUUCAUCUUUUACUCUAAUCAUUAUUUGGCAAAACAUAAUUAUGAUCAACUCUAAUUAAGCAGCUGAUUGGCACAAAUUGAAUCCAAUAAUUGAAUUAUUCCUGAAAAAUGUUUAGGCUUUACUCGAUAUUGUAAGCUUCAAUGUUGAAGGGAAAGGGAAAAGCUAAACAUUAGGAAAAAAUAUCUUUGCGCUUUUUUGGGUUCAAUUUCAAUGUUACAAUCAAUUUAACUUGCAAUAAUUUUACUUUAACCAAAUGUUUCAGAUUAUUUAAUCAUUUUCAUUGUUGUUAAACAGUUUAAUUUUAAAUGUUGAAAGUAAAUUGGGUUUGCUUUCAACUUCACCCAAAUAGAGUUAAAAAAUGUU